CAGCAGAAUGGAACUGAGGAGAGGACAUUGGCUGACGCAGGAGCCCGAGUGAGCCUGACAGAUUUGCAAGCUCAGCCCACACCAUGAACUGGUGUCUGCCUUCUGCACUUUGAGAGCCCAGGACAGGUGAAGUUGCCAGAGAGCAAUGGCUCUCUUUACUCCGUGGAAGUUGUCCUCUCAGAAGCUGGGUUUUUUUCUGGUGACUUUUGGCUUCAUUUGGGGCAUGAUGCUCCUGCAUUUUACCAUCCAGCAGCGAACUCAGCCUGAAAGCAGCUCCAUGUUGUGUGAGCAGAUCCUGGACCUCAGCAAAAGGUAUAUCAAGGCACUGGCCGAUGAAAACAGGAACGUGGUGGAUGGACCAUAUGCUGGUGUCAUGACAGCUUACGAUUUAAAGAAGACUCUUGCUGUGUUACUGGACAAUAUUUUGCAGCGCAUUGGCAAGUUAGAGUCGAAGGUGGACAAUCUUGUAAUCAAUGGUACGGGAACAAACUUGACCAACUCCACCACAGCUGUUCCCAGCUUGGGUGCACUUGAGAAAAUUAAUAUGGCAGAUAUCAUUAAUGGAGCUCAAGAAAAAUGUGUAUUGCCUCCUAUGGAUGGCUAUCCUCAUUGCGAGGGGAAAAUCAAGUGGAUGAAAGACAUGUGGCGCUCGGAUCCCUGCUACGCGGACUAUGGGGUGGAUGGGUCCACCUGCUCCUUUUUUAUUUACCUCAGUGAGGUUGAAAAUUGGUGUCCUCAUUUACCUUGGAGAGCAAAAAAUCCCUACGAAGAAGCUGAUCAUAACUCAUUGGCCGAAAUCCGUACGGACUUUAAUAUUCUCUACAGUAUUAUGAAAAGGCAUGAAGAAUUCCGGUGGAUGAGACUGCGGAUCCGGCGAAUGGCUGAUGCUUGGAUCCAGGCAGUCAAGUCACUGGCAGAAAAGCAGAAUCUUGAAAAGAGAAAGAGGAAAAAAGUCCUCGUUCAUCUGGGACUCCUGACCAAGGAAUCUGGAUUUAAGAUUGCCGAGACAGCUUUCAGCGGUGGCCCUCUUGGUGAAUUAGUGCAGUGGAGUGAUUUAAUUACAUCUCUGUACUUACUGGGCCAUGACAUUAGGAUUUCAGCUUCACUGGCUGAGCUCAAGGAAAUAAUGAAGAAAGUCGUAGGAAACAGAUCUGGCUGUCCAACGGUAGGGGACAGAAUCGUGGAGCUCAUUUAUAUUGAUAUUGUGGGACUAGCACAAUUCAAGAAAACUCUUGGGCCAUCUUGGGUUCAUUACCAGUGCAUGCUCCGAGUCCUAGACUCAUUUGGCACUGAACCUGAAUUUAACCAUGCAAAUUAUGCUCAAUCUAAAGGCCACAAGACCCCAUGGGGAAAAUGGAAUCUGAACCCUCAGCAGUUUUAUACCAUGUUUCCUCAUACCCCAGACAACAGCUUUCUGGGCUUUGUGGUGGAACAGCACCUGAACUCCAGUGACAUCUACCACAUUAACGAAAUCAAAAGGCAGAACCAGUCCCUUGUGUAUGGCAAGGUGGAUAGCUUCUGGAAGAAUAAGAAGAACUACUUGGACAUUAUUCACACAUACAUGGAAGUACAUGCAACUGUCUAUGGUUCCAGCACCAAGAAUAUUCCCAGUUACGUGAAGAACCAUGGUAUUCUCAGUGGCCGGGACCUGCAGUUUCUUCUCCGAGAAACCAAGUUAUUUGUUGGACUGGGAUUUCCUUAUGAGGGUCCAGCUCCCCUGGAGGCCAUUGCAAAUGGGUGUGCUUUCCUGAAUCCCAAGUUCAGCCCACCCAAAAGCAGCAAAAACACAGAUUUUUUCAUCGGCAAGCCAACUCUAAGAGAGCUGACAUCUCAGCAUCCUUAUGCUGAAGUUUUCAUCGGUCGGCCACACGUGUGGACUGUGGACCUCAAUAACCAGGAGGAAGUGGAGGAUGCAGUGAAAGCGAUUUUAAAUCAAAAGAUUGAGCCAUACAUGCCAUUUGAAUUCACAUGUGAGGGGAUGCUGCAGAGAAUCAACGCUUUCAUCGAAAACCAGGACUUCUGCCAUGGACAGGUGAUGUGGCCACCUCUCAGUGCCCUACAGGUCAAGUUUGCUGAACCUGGGAAGUCCUGCAAGCAGGUGUGUCAGCAGAGCCAGCUCAUCUGUGAGCCGUCCUUUUUCCAGCACCUCAACAAAGACAAGGAUAUGCUGAAGUAUGAGGUGAUCUGCCAAAGCUCCGAGCUGGCCAAGGAUAUCCUGGUGCCCUCCUUUGACCCCAAGAACAAGCACUGUGUGUUUCAAGGGGACCUGCUGCUUUUCAGCUGUGCAGGCGCCCACCCCAGGCACCAGAGGAUCUGCCCGUGCCGGGACUUCCUCAAGGGCCAGGUAGCCCUCUGCAAGGACUGUCUAUAGCGGCCA